UCGAAAAAAAUACCGAAUUAAUUUCCGCAUCUAAUAAUUAAACAACACUAAAAAUGGAAAAAAAACAUGUAGAAAAAACUACAUCUAAUCUUGUAUCUAAUAUUUUGUCAUUUCAUUUUGUACGACCAGUACAAGUCCGACAAUUAUAUUGAAUUAUAUUAGUAUUAUGAGCUGAUUAAUUAUGUUGAAAGUUACGCAUCAACAUUGGCGCAAUUUUUACGAGAUUAAUUUGCAUAGUGCAUAAUAGCUACACUAUUAUCAUUAUACAAAUGGUCGCACAGUAGAAAAAUCAACGCAAGUGCUGUGUUUCUAUAUGCCAACUUAUCGUAGAACAAACUUUCAUGAGAAAACAUCGCGAUAAUUGAAGCAAACGGUAAUACGAUUAGAAAUCAAGAUCACUGAAGUAUUAGAGAGUAAUCGCUAUUAUUUCUAAGUACGAAAAUUGUAUUAUAUAUUGAAUAUUAAAAAAAUUAUUCAAAAAUUUCAUAUUACAUUUUCAUAUUUUUGCCACGACGAUACUAUAAUAAAACAAAUAAAUAUCAAGAAUCUAAUAUCUAAUCUAAUAUGCUUUUUUAUAACCUUCGUAUGACACAAACGAAUAAGAAAAAUUGAUAAAUUUCUUAAUAUUUGCUCUUUUCUUAUAUAUAAACGGACACAAUAGAAAAAAUAAUAAAUCUUCCGAAAACCUCUUAAUUUGUGUCGAAUAAAAAUGUGCGACUGUCCACAAGAGCGAGAUGGCAAAGAUGUUGGAAAGACCGGUCCACAAACGAUAACUAUUUUUUCGAAAUGUCGUACACCGUAUCGUCCUGGAAGAGAUAUCCUUCACCUCACAGCUGACAGCACCGAUUACAUCACAGUCGAUUCCUCGCAAUCUAGCAGCAGUGAAACGAUAUGCGACUCCGCAAAAAUAUCACCAGUGAGCACGGAAUCUUCCAGCGGAUCAAGUAGAACGUAUAAAUUUGUCUCUCCGACGGAACGUGAGUAUCCUAGUGAAGCCGAGGGAUUGAGUUCCCAAUUGCCUACGGUUUGCAUCGAAACCGAGAGGAUCAAGAGGACCGUUGAGAAGCAAUCGGACAUCGAGUAUACCUUGGCGAUAAUAAAGCCGGAAGCUGUGGUUUACAGGAAAGAGAUCGAGCGCCGAAUAUACGUGGAGGGAUUUCAGAUCUGUCAGACACGUUGGCUUCAGCUUACGCCCGAACAGGUCUCGGAAUUCUACAACGAUCACUUUGGUGAACUGAGCUUCCCGCAUCUGGUGGCGUACAUGUCCUCUGGACCCAUCAUAGUGUUCGUAUUGGCGAAAAAAGACGCCGUGAGAGAGUGGAAGAGGCUCAUCGGACCAACCACAGUGACGGAAGCACGUUUGUAUUUUCCCGACAGCAUCAGAGCCAGAUAUGGCCGCAGGGAUGACAGUUCCAAGAAUGCCGUCCAUGGCAGCAGCAAUUGCGAGCAAGCUGAGAAAGAGAUUCAUUUCUUCUUUCCUGAAUUCAUAGUUGAGCCCUUGUUAAGGGGUGAGACGGCUGAAGACUUUUUAUGGGAGGUCAUUAACCCGAUCCUCGUCGAAGGCUUAACAUUGUGUUGUAAAACUAGACCGGUCGAUCCUGUAUUGUGGUUAGCGCACUGGCUGAUCCUGAACAACCCUAAUAAGCCUAAACUACCGGAAGAUCUCGCUUUAAUUCCGACGUAGCUCUCUUUGAAUCAUGUCAUGUAUCGUCGAUUUGUUCUACAUAGAAUCUAUCUGCUACAUC